AAAAAAAAUAAUUGAGAUUCGAUAUUUACUAUUAUCCAUCGGGAGUGCGCGACUUGGAUCUUUUAUUUCUCAAUUGAAUAACGAACGGAAUCGGAAAAACGGCGAGCGUUCGUGAAAAACCUUGACGACCAACACAUUGUUGAAUCGGGACGAAAUAUAGACAAAAACGAAACGGCGAACAAAACGAAAAACACUCGGGCACAGCGCACUCCGUUUUCGGUUUCUCCAUUCCGUCGCCACCGAUCAUGCUGUGCAGGUUUAACAAGAGACAGGUGACUGUUAUCCUCGUUAUUGUGGUGAUCGGCGUUACCGUUCUCGGCCUCUGCUUGGGACUCCUCUUGAACAAGGAUGACGCCGCCUCCGCCGCCGUUUCCGUGGAUACGUUCAUCCCUGAGGAGGUUACCUUGGAGACGGGAAAACAUCGUGGAGGAAUCGUCACCAAUGGAUACGAAUGCGCCGGGAUAGGAAGGGAUAUAAUAUUGAAGGGAGGUUCAGCAGCUGAUGCGGCUGUUGCGGCGAUGCUUUGCGAGGGUGUUGCGAUGCCGCAGAGCACCGGUCUCGGCGGUGGUUUCUUGAUCACGAUUUACUCCAAAUCUACGGGCACCGUGGAAACGCUGAAUGCUAGAGAAAUGGCGCCGUUGGCCGCCACCGAGAACAUGUACGAGAACGAUCCAAGUCUCUCUUCAGAAGGUGGAUUGGCUGUGGCCGUGCCGGGAGAACUGAGAGGUUACGAAGAGGUGCACAAGAAGUACGGGAAGUUACCGUGGAAGGACAUCAUCCAGCCGACGAUAGAUCUCUGUCGGAACGGUCAUCUGGUGACGCCGUACCUGGAAGGCGUCUUCAAGAACCACAGGAAACGUCUCGUCAAUAUCGAGAGUCUAAGGGAGGUCUUCGUGGAUCCGUCGACGGGAGAGCCCUGGACUCGUGGGCACUUGCUGAAACGAACGAAAUUGGCUGAAACUCUCGAGAUCGUUGCCGAGGAAGGAGCGGACGCUCUCUACGACGGUUCUUUGACGGAGAAGUUCGUGGAGGACGUGAAGGGAUUCGGAGGAAUCAUAACUGUCGAAGACAUGAACAACUACAGACCUCAAUGGUUGGACCCUGUCACUGAAGAUCUUCCGGACGGUAUGACUCUGCACACUUUCCCGCUUCCUGGUUCUGGGAUUAUCAUGAGUUUCAUCAUGGGUUUGCUGAAGAACAAUUUGAACUUGGAUGACAUCGACGACGUGACGAACUGGCAGAGGAUCGUCGAGAGCUUCAAGUUCGGUUACGGCAAGAGAACGCAGAUGGGAGAUCCGUCUUACGUCGAAGGCAUAGAGAAUUUGAUAGCAAACAUGACUUCGCCAGAGUACAUCAACGACAUCAAGAAUCUGAUGAUGUUCGAUAACCAAACGUUCCAAGAUCCCGAAUAUUACGGAGCAAACUUUUCGAUGGUCGAGGAUCAUGGUACGGCUCACAUCUCAGUGUUGGCACCGAACGGAGACGCAGUUUCAGUCACAGGAACUAUCAAUUUAAUCUUUGGUGCAAAGAGACGAUCGCAGAGCACGGGCAUCAUCCUGAACGAUGAAAUGGACGAUUUCUCCUCGAACUACACGAACGCCUUCGACGUUCCUCCGUCUCCUGCGAACUUCAUCAAACCCGGAAAACGACCGCUGUCCUCAAUGACUCCCAGUAUUAUAACCAACAAGGAUGGUAGCGUUCGCUUGGUGAUCGGCGCAGCAGGAGGCACGAAAAUUACGACUUCCACCGCUUUGGUGGCAAUAAAACACAUUUGGUUUGGACAGAGUUUGAGCGAGGCUUUGAACAGCAAACGAUUGCACCACCAGUUGUUCCCCAUGGAGAUAACUUUGGAGAGCGGAUUUGAUCAAGUGAUGAUGGAUGGAUUGAAAGGAAUCGGACAUAGCGUGAAGGUGGCGGACACGUCGGACGGAUUCGCUGCAGUCACCGGCGUCGCCAACAUCAGCGGAAUCAUAGAGGCCGUGAGCGACAGCAGACGACCUGGAUCUCACGUUUAUAUACCAUAAAUAUCGUCAUUAGGAAAUCAAAUAAUUUUUAUUUAGCCAAUUAUGUUCGUGUAAAUAUAAAUAUUAAAUCAA